AUGGACUAUUUGAUGAGGGAAACAUUACGAGAUGUCGAUCGUUUCGAAAGGGGAAUGUUCCCAUAUUGGAGAGAUGCCGAUCAUUCAGUUUUGCAUGUGGCAAAUGAGACCCAGCAGAUGGUUAAUGAUGACAAGAAAUUUGCCGUAUCCCUGGAUGUGUCACAGUUCCGUCCCGAAGAGCUGAACGUGCACGUGGAGGGACGAGAGCUUACCAUCGAAGGCAAACAGGAACAUAAGAGCGCGAAUAGCUUCAUGAAUAGGUCAUUUGUUCGCAAAUGGCUGCUCCCGGAAAAUGUUGACGUAGAUGCUGUUCGAACGCAACUCACCGACAAGGGUCAUCUGUGUGUUGAAGCACCAAAAGUUGGCGAAAGCGGAGCGAAGAGGAGGGACAUACCCAUCAUGGCAGCUCCUUCCCGUAACCAUAAGUAA